AUGGAAAACACUGUGAGAGACUUUUGGAAAAUGAUGGUAGAUUAUAAAGUGUCUACUAUUGUCAUGCUGUGUGGAGAUGAAGAUUGCUGCUAUCAAUAUUGGACUGGCUCAAAGACACAUGGUGAAUUUUCUGUGGAAGUCAAUAAUGAAAGGAGUGCAAAUGGUUAUACAGAAAGAAAUCUUAAAUUAUCCUUUGAUAAAGAGACCAGAAGUGUAUUACAAUUUCAAGUGACAGAUUGGCCUCAAGAUGGAGUUGUUAGAAAAGCUGGUACCAUUCUACAAGUAAUUAAUGAUGUUAGAAACAGACAAAAGAGAGGACCAGUAGUGGUACAUUGUAGUGAUACAGUGAGUCGUUCAGGAGUCUAUUGUUCAGUGAGUAUUGCUUUAGAGCAGUGUAUAAAAGAAGGUGUAGUGGAUGUAUUUCAAGUAACUAAAACUGUCAGAAGAAGUAAACCAGGAGCUGUCACUACACAGGAGCAGUAUGAUUCUAUAUAUGACAUCAUUGACUUGUAUGUUCAAACUACAAACAAAUAG